AUGGCACCCGCCCGAUCACGAACUGCGCCGCCCAAGAAGCAUGCUCUCACGCUGGCGCAAAUUGCUUCGUACGACGAUAUUUUGACUGAUUCGCUUGUCGACCAUGCCUUUUAUUGGACGACAAUCCCCAAGAAUCGACCGUCCUACCUACCAUCACGCGGAGUCAAGGAGCAAGAAAUCACCAAGAUCAUCCAAGACCACCUGGUCGUGGAACCCGACCUUGACCUCACCGAAGAAAAGCUUCUCGCCACGAACGGACUCGGAAAGUUUUACCGCGCGCUAAAGACCGAAUGCGAAAAGGAAGACUUCCGGCGCCAUCUUCGCCGUUACAUGCAAAUUUACCUUCCAGACUGUCCCUUCGAAGUCGCCGCCACGAACCGCUACACCAUCUUUCAGGAAGAGGCAUGCAUCUGCGCCCGACGUUUUAUCAAGAGCAACGAGACAAUCAAGUACCUGGCAGGUAUUCAGGUGGUGAUUACGGCGGAGGAAGAAGCUGAGCUGUCGGAGCGCAAGAAAGAUUUCAGCAUCAUUGUCAGCUCGCGGAAGAAGGAGGUGAACCUGUUCAUGGGCCCUGCUCGAUUCUCGAACCACGACUGCGACGCGAAUGCCCGGCUCGUGACUACCGGCCAGGCCGGCAUCGAGAUCAUUGCCACCAAGCCAAUUGCCGUGGGCGAGGAGAUUACGGUCACCUACGGCGACAGCUACUUUGGCGAGGACAACUGCGAGUGUCUCUGCAAGACAUGCGAGGACAACUUGACGAACGGCUGGGCGCCAGCGGAUGGCGUUGUCCCCGUCAAGCAGAGCGUGGAGGACGGCAGCCAGACACCCGUUCAGGGCUACUCUCUUCGCCGACGAGAAGAGCACAGCUUCAACCGCGGCAACUCCGAAACACCGUCUCUCACGCCAGUUGCUAGGCCAAAGGUGUCAAAAGCGAGCCUACGAAAGCUGUUGCGGGGCGCCGCUGAUGCCAUAUCUUCAAAGUCGGGCUCGAUGGAGUUGGACAAUGAAGCGUUUCACCGGGGCCAAAAGAGAGAGAGGGACUCUUCGGUUCUCGCUACACCACCAGUAACCCCGGCGAAGAGGCAAAGGACGACCAUGUCUGAGAUCGACCGCGCAACGACCAACACGACCGCAUCAAGGGAACCAACAGCACUCUCGGACGCCGGAUCUUCACACACUGCUAAGCCUGACACUGCGGCAGAAACAAGCGCGGUACCAAGCAACCGUGCAGAGGAGAAGAAGAUGGUGCGAAAUGACGACCAAAUGCCGACGCCUGAGCCGUCACAGCAGCUUGCGGAUUCCGAUGUGUGCGAGUCCGAUCUGGGGGACUCCAUUGUCGUUGCUUCAACUUUCACGACUACAGUUGUGACAGAAACUACCACAAUGCUCAAAGUGGAGGAGUCGACCUCAAUAGACCAGAUGACGCUUCCGACGCCGGAGUCGUCGUUGGAUAGUGAGGAGGACGAAAAGACCGACGAGAAGAUGGAAGGGAAGCCCGAUACAGCUGCCGAUCACACAACGGAUCCCGAGGAGUCGCGAGACCAUGCACUGCCCGCCGUGCAUACGCCGCGGCGAGGACGGCCGCGGAAAUACCCAAUCAUCGAAGGACAAGUAUCGACGAAACCCAAAACUACGCCACGUGCCAAGGCCGAGGUCGAUGUCGCCGAGGACGAGGAUAACGAGGCCGAGAAGACUUCAGGACCAACCAGACAACGUGUGCCCGGCGACUACACGCUGACACCUCUUUUGCUGGCGGAACCGGAGACGGCCUGGGUUAUUUGCUCCGUGUGCUCGAAGGCGUUUGUCCAGCGCGAUGCGUACUUUACACGGAUGUCGUGCCCCCGGUGCGAGCGGCACUCAAAGUUGUACGGCUACAUGUGGCCGAAGACAGAGCCCGAGGGCAAGUGGGAUAAAGAAGAGCGCGUCCUUGAUCACCGGCUUGUGCACCGCUUCCUGCACGCCGGCGAUGAGGCCAAGAUUCGUGGCCGGAAGCAGGUGGCGUGGCUGGGCGAAGAUGCUACAACCACCGAUGAUGACCGGCGCGGAGUCAGUGGUGAUAUUGGGAAGAAGGAGAGCCUCGGCUCCGGCAUUUGGCGCAAGCUCCGUUAUACAAUCAACAAGGAGAAGGCCGAACAAGAGAAAUCGAAGGCCAAGCCGAAGCCGAAGGCCAAGACGACGGAAACGACCAAGACCACCAAGGUCGUCAAGGGGACCGUAUCCAAGACGACCAAGACCACCAAGAUCACCAAGACCACCAAGGCCACCACGACCGCGACGGUGAGGAAGACAAUCAAGUCAGCGGCUGCUAAGGUUGCCACUGCGGCGUCAAGUGCGUCAAAACGGUCGACGGAGAAGCGGGCGGUGCAGGCCACCACGAAAGCGGUGAAGCCUGCCACCAGCAGCCUCACAGCACGGCCAGUGCGAACGGCCAAGGCGUUCCACGGACCACGCCGCAGUGUGCGCUCUCAACGUACCAGUGCUCGUCUCUCAUCAGCCUAA